AGCAGGCGGCUCUGAAGCAGCAGCAGCAGGCGGCUCUGAAGCAGCAGGCGGCUCUCCUCUCCUACGGCCAAAAGGCCGUAACAGCAACUGGCAUAGUCCCUGACCCACGCGACGUAUGUUCUCAAAGCGGUGUUUCUUGCGUAUCGUGCCCGUUUGCGUCGCCAGGUCCACUUCUGGGACAACUAGAGUACGGCCAGGACAUUACACUCCACACCCACAGAUUAGAUGACUAGUUUUAAAAUAUUUUGUUUGUUUGUUUUGUCGAGUUUGUUGUCGUCUCCUCUGGGCUGAUGACCGACAGCAUAGCAAGGCGUACUCUUAAACAGUCUUCAAAGUUAUUUAGUUCUACGACACACACAUUGCGGUCCGCCUCAGCAGAUGGAUCCCUGUGCCUGUGCCCAGAAUGUCGCGGCUCCGCGCGUACUGGAGUCCGAUUCCACACGAGGGCGAGGCAUGAGUUCAAUAUCUUCUUGUUGCUGCAGAGCGCCUCCCGGCUGCUGGGUUUUUGCAAUGAUUAAAAUGACCUUCAUUCCCUGAUGACAGACAGUCACUGGAAAACGGUCAAACUGGUCAAAAGACCAGUCCAACGCCUUCCUCUUCGAGGAGGACGUGCGGCAGCUGGCCGUCGGCUGGACCCACAAUGCGGCGCUGCUCCGCAACAACGAGAUCCUCAUGUGGGGCCGCAAGUGCUACGGAGAGCUGGGCACGGGCUCGAUCAGCGAGCAGCAGGCGGUGCCCCAGCCACUGAGCCUCCGACUGCCCGACGGCCAGACGCCUGCUCGCGUGCACAUGGGGGCAGAGCACGGCCUGCUGCGGACUACAGCCGGCGAGAUCUACACCUGGGGCUGGAACGAGCACGGAAACUGUGGCAACAACAGUACAGAGAAUGUAUGCAGCGCGUGAAGUUGGCCGGAGCUGGCUCGGGCUUCUGUGUUUUGGGCGGUUUUGGACAGAGCCGAUAGGUAUCAGGGCUGGAGAAGAAAGAGACAGCGGCAUCUAUAGUGGAUCCUGGGAAGCAGUGG